AUGUUCUACUCCGAGACUCUCUUGUCCAAGACCGGGCCGCUGGCUCGAGUCUGGCUUGCCGCCAACCUCGAACGCAAGCUCUCCAAAAGCAACAUCCUCCAGUCCAACAUCGAGACGAGCGUCAAUGCCAUCGUCGACCAGGGCCAGGCCCCAAUGGCUCUGCGCCUGAGCGGCCAGCUGCUCCUCGGUGUCGUGAGAAUCUACAGCAGGAAGGCCCGCUACCUGCUCGACGACUGCAACGAGGCCCUCAUGAAGAUUAAGCUGGCCUUUCGUCCGGGCAACGUGGACCUUCCCGUCAACCAGGCCCAGUCCGUGAAUCCAGCUUCUUUGACUCUUCCAGAUGUCCUGACCGAGCUCGACCUGCUUGCUCCCAUGCCUGACCCUUCCCUGCUGCUCUCGCAGGAGCCGGAGAUUGAGACCGGCCGCCGCGACCCCACUCUUCUGGAUCCCCCGAGCCAGUAUCUUCUGGAUACCCAGGACCGCCAAGCCCAGGAGACUUUGCAGCUCGGCGACGACGACCUCUACCUGGAUAUCAGUGAGGGUCCAGACAUCACCAUGGACCGAAGCAUUGAAGUGGGUCGUGAUGCCCCUCUUCCAAGACCUGCAUCCGAGGAGGUUGCCCCGAGUCCCAAGCCGCUCGAGGACGACGGACUUGAACUCGACUUUGCUGAGGACUCCGUUCUCCCCCUCACCGACCUGGGUCGUAGGCCUUCGAUCGGAGACGACGACAUCGCCAUGGGCGGAGUGGAUGAUGAACCUGCUGCCCCCGAGGAGGAUCAGCCCCGUGCUCCCACUCCUCUCGAAGAAGAACAGGCCGCAGAGGACCGCCGCCGCGAGAGCGCCUCUCCCCUUUCGUCCGCCCGCUCUAGCGUCGCCCGCGAACUCGAGGAGACUUUCCACUUUGACCAGGAGAACACCGUCAUCGAGCCCGAGGAGGAAUUCGCCACGGCGCCCCAGCGUGUCAAGAGGCGCAAGAUUCUCCAGGCCGAUGCGGAUACGGAAUUCUCGCAGUCCCAGUUCAAGGCCCAAAUGAACGACCACACCAAGAUCCUCAAGCAGCCUGAAUUCCUCCCGCGCGAUCCCAUGCUGCUCGCCCUCAUGAAUAUGCAGAAGAGUGGCGGUUUCGUCUCGAGCAUCCUCGGCGAAGGACGUAGCCAGGGCUGGGCCCCGGAACUCCGCGGUAUUCUGUCGCUGGAGGUUGUUCGCCGCUCGGGAGAGCUUAAGCGCAAGCGUGGCGCCGCGGCUGCCAUUGAUGGACUGGAACAGGAUCAAGACGGGCGGGUCCCGCAGCUUGAGAUCCCCGACGAGUCUGGUUUCGACCUCAGCACGGGUGCCGGCCUCGAUGCUGGCGGCGACACCACCCUGAACAUCGGCCAGGAAGAGGAGCUUGGCAACGUCCCCGCUCGCGAGCGUACCGCCUCCGUCGAACCGGUUCCAGAAGACGACGAGCAGCCCAUGUCCCCUCUCCCCGGGGACAACUUUGACGACACCACUAUGCCUUUGCUGCACCCCGAGGAUGCCGGGCCCAUCUCUGUCGGCACGCGUCACGCCGUGCACAUUCUCCGCGAGAAGUUUGGACCGGAGGCCGAGUCUUCGCCGGGAGCACGCCAGAAGAACAGCGUGCUCUUCCAGGACAUGCUUCCCGAGGCCACCACCACCAAGGCCGAUGCGACCAAGAUGUUUUUCGAGUGCCUCGUGCUGGCGACCAAGGACGCCGUCAAGGUCGAGCAGAAGACGGACGAGCUCGGCGCUCCGAUCCGCGUGCGGGCGAAGCGUGGCCUGUGGGGCGACUGGGCUGAGAUGAGCGCUGGCGGCGAGAUUGCCAAUCAGACGCAGCCGCAGGAGGUCGCUGCUGCUGCCUAG